UCCAAGAUGGCGCUUUCUAUGUGAACGGGUGGAGUGAUAGGUGAAUUUUUGUUUAGUUUGGGUAGUUCUGGGAACAGGAUGGUUACAGAAAAAUGACAGGCUAGUAUUUAUGACUUCAGAUGUUCCAUGCAGGCUGUUCAGCGAUAUUCUCUGCUACUCGCCAUAGGAAUUUUACUAUUAAUUCUCUAUUAUGGCUUGAAUACAAAUUUUAAAAAUGGAGGAAAGGUUCGGUCGAUGUUUACCCUUCGAAGGGAAAAUCUUAGAUCGUUUACUGAUUCCGAAGACUUCAGUUUUGCUGAAGACCUGCACAUGUCCCCAAAACAUCGUCGUGAAAGGGCGUCAGAGUCGAAAAAGAGACAAAAAUGUCGAAUGGAAUCGUGUUUCGAUAUGUCGCGGUGCCGGAAAAGUUUCAAAGUAUUUCUUUAUCCAUUGGAGGAAAGAGUAUCAGAGACUUAUAGUAAAUUGGUCACAGCUAUCCAGGAAUCGAGGUACUAUACCACCGAUCCAUACGAGGCAUGCGUUUUUGUGUUGUCCAUAGAUACAAUAGAUAGAGAUGUACUUAGUCAAGAUUAUUCUAAAAAUAUCCAAGCUAGAAUUGAACAAUUAGAACACUGGAAUAAUGGCAGAAACCAUAUUUUAUUCAAUCUUUAUUCAGGAACUUGGCCAGAUUAUACAGAAAAUUUGGAUUUCGAUAUCGGUGAGGCAAUGCUGGCAAAAGCCAGUAUGUCCGUGCAUAAGUUUCGCCAUGGUUUCGAUAUUUCUUUUCCUCUAAUUGGCAAAGACCACCCACAAAAGGGAGGUGAAAGGGGCCAUGUAUAUAUUUCAUCAAACAACAUUCCUCCAUUCCGUCACUACUUAUUAGGAUUUAAAGGAAAGCGUUAUUUAACAGGAAUAGGUUCAGAAACAAGAAAUUCUUUGUAUCAUAUUCAUAAUGGAGAGGAUAUAGUGUUAUUGACAACGUGUCGACAUGGAAAGAGUUGGCAGAAGAAAGCGAUAGAAUUGAACGACACCAGAUGCGAAACGGAUAACAUCGAAUAUGACAGGACUGAUUAUAAGAAGCUGUUAUACAAUGCUACGUUUUCACUUGUGCCAAGAGGGAGGAGGCUCGGCUCCUACAGAUUUUUGGAAGCCCUGCAGGCAGGGAGCAUUCCAUUUUUGCUGAGUAAUGGUUGGGAACUGCCUUUUUCUGAAGUGAUAGAUUGGAAAAAGGCUGUAAUAUGGGGAGAUGAAAGACUUUUACUACAGGUUCCUUCCAUUGUGCGAUCAGCGAAGCAGCCAGAUAUCCUACAGCUACGCCAGCAGACCCAGUUCCUGUGGGAAACUUACUUUUCCUCUGUAGAAAAAAUUGUAUCCACAACUUUGGAGAUCCUGAAGGACCGCGUGAGCCUGCACUCUCGAUCUCCGUUGCUGUGGAAUAAUUUCCCGGGUGCUUUAGCAUUACUACCGGAGUAUUCAGAUACGCUUCAUCAGUAUCCGUACUUCUACGGUCCUCUCGCCCACAAACCAGACAACCAGUUCACAGCUGUCAUUUAUGCAACUUCUCGUGUCCAUCUGUCAUCCAGUCCGCUAUUCAGGCUCAUCAGGACCAUUGCUAAGUCAUCCAAUGUGCAGAAGAUGAUUGUUCUGUGGCAUUGUGACGCUCCACCACCCCAGACCAACAGGUGGCCUGGAGACCUGGGGCAUAUAUCUGUCAUAGUCAAAACCAGAAACAUUACAUCGAUCAGUAAUCGUUUUCACCCCUACCCUGAAAUAACAACGGAUGCUGUUUUUGGCUUUGAUGAGGACAGUCUUUUAACUACAGAUGAGAUUGACUUUGCAUUCAGUGUGUGGAAGGAGUUUCCAGAGAGAAUAGUUGGCUACCCAGCACGUGGUCAUUACUGGGACAGCUCAAAGAACCGCUGGAGUUACUCAUCAAAAUGGACUAAUGAAUAUUCAAUGAUUCUUACUGGUGCUGCUAUUUAUCAUAGGUAUUAUAAUUUUUUGUACACAAAUUUUUUAAGUAGUGCUUUUACGGAAAUAGUGGACCAAUCACAAAAUUGUGAGGACAUCCUCCUCAACUUCCUAGUCAGUCAUGUGACCAAACUUCCACCAAUCAAAGUGACACAUCGGAAAGUCUACAAAGAGUCGAUGCUGGCCAGUAGUUCUAAAUCCUCACCUUGGCUUCAAGUGGAUCAUUUUAUGCAGCGGAAAUUAUGUGUUGAUAACUUUGUUAAGUUAUUUGGAUACAUGCCUCUGGUGAGGUCCAAGGCACGAAUGGACCCGUUGUUGUUCAAGGACCCUGUGUCAAAUUUACGUAAAAAAUACAGACAGAUCGAAGUAGUAUGAUAAACCCUCCUUAGGCCGAGACUGGAGAUACGUUUCGAACCAAAACCCUAAAACUGAACCCAAAUAAUUAUAAGUUUUGAAUUUUUUAGUUGAAUGACUACAAGAAAUGUAAUUAAGACACAGCUUUUUCAGAUGAUUUUGAGUUUCUAAUUGAAUGAUAAAAUGCAAAAAGACUUUAAAAAAAAUUAAGGAAUAGAAGUUUUCACAGAAAACAAAAAUUAUAAAAGAAAAACCUUUAGGAUUGUAUUCAUUCCUGUCUGAUUAUAAAAUCAUUUCCUACUUUGGACACUUACAACACUACCAUAGGGUCAUAUUGAGGUCAUUUAAAGAUGGGCAGACAUCAUGCUUUCUGAUGAAAUUAUAAUAAAUCAAUAUUAAUUUAUUCUCUAUUGGUUAAUGUUAUAAUUUCAAUUGCAUUCUGUGAGUAAAAUGACAUAAAAAUAUUCUUUUAAGUAAUUUUUAAUGACUUCACAAUCUCAUUUGAAUGUAAUGAUAUCAAAAUUUCCUUCUUGAACAGAUCUUAUAAGGGAUUCUUUUUCACAAAUCAAUAUGCAAUGUCAAUGGCCGUAUUAUGACGUCACAUAUUUCGCACCAUUUUCGGAUUUUUUCAUAGAGGUAUAUGGGGGGGGGAAAUCUCAACCAAUCAGAAAGCUGCAUUCUGCGUACAAACACUGGACAAUUAAUUAUUUAUGUAUGAAGGCACUGAUUUGUUUGAAUAUAAAAGUUUGAAAAAUCAUACAGUGUGUGCUGCAUGAUCUUAAUGAAAUGUCACCAGUACAUCAACCCUAAUAGGUCCAUCUCUUUGUGAUAGAGUGGCUGUCUCCAGUCUCUGCCUAAAAUUCACUGAGCUUGACCUAACCAAUUUGCAUAUGUGAUGUAUUAACCCAAGCUAUAUUGCAGGUGUUUUGUCUAAAGAUGAACUGUUAUGAAUAUACAAUUGCUUAUAAAUGUGAUAUUGUACAGCCUUGUAAGGUUAGCUGACGUUGGAUGUGACAGGAGGUGAAAGUGGAGCUGUAAGAUUGUGUAAGGGUAGCUAACUUUGUAUAUAUGUGAUACUGUUGUGUGACAAGCCGACACCAAAUUAGUCUGACUGCCCUUGCUUUGAUCCUUUUGCUUUUGGAGGAUAAUACAUCGAAGAGGUUUCAAAUCGGUGAAACCUGCCCCUUGCUUUCCCUGUAAGUCUGUAGGCCAUUAUCAUCUUCAAAGCUAAAUGGUGUGACAUUCUAAUAAGCAUGUCAGCUGCAUUUAUUCAUAGCUAAUGAAAAUGAUUCAAAAAAGUCCAUUCUUGUUAACUUCAGAACCUUUCUGCCUUUCUCCUCCCAAUUUUCACCCAUGAUAUUCCUGUCUGGCCCCUGUCCACCUGA